CGCCGGUUCCGCGUUCCGGUUAUCAGUGAAUGCCAUUGCUUUGUUCUCGCGUGGUUCUUUGGGUCGUUGAUUAAUUUCAAUUGUGAUAUUAAUUAGUUCCAUUAACUCUACACUUCUUUCAUACAGUCUCAGUUUGAAGCGUUGAGUGUUCGUGAGAUUACAGUGAGUAUUUGCUCCUGCUGCCCUCGUUUUAUCCUCAAGUCAGAAGCGUAAGAACCAAGUUUAGGUUUCAAUUUAGGAAACCAUGGCUGUUCACACAAUUUUGAUAGACUUCACAGUCACCCCUUCGAAGGUGAAAAGCGAAUGGCAAAAAAUUUCGAGUUCAGUUGAGAAAGUGCUCAGUGGCUAUUUACCGGAUUUGACGCCCCUGAGGAAAGAAUCCAUCGAAGACGGGCAAGAGCUGAAACCACUAUCGACGUUCACUGCCAAGAGAGACGCGUAUGUCAUAGUCAGAGGAUUUCCGAAUGGUCUGGUCACUGUCAAUGUUGAAUACUUCAAGCGAGAGGAUGAAGAGCCCCUACUCACAUUUGAUGACGUAAAGAAAAUCGAAUCAAGCGUAUCAGAACUAAUCGAAAGUAGCAAGAGUCAUAAAUACCCACCCAUUAAAAGAGGGCCGAACAUUGAUAGAUACUUUUUAACCUCAGAUGAACGAAUUUUGGAGUACGAUAUCGAUAAAGUUAUCUUCGAAGAAAAGUCUCCCUACCAAAAGGUGCAAAUUGUCCACUCCAAAUCACUGGGAAAUUUACUCCUGCUAGAUGAACUACAAAAUCUUGCCGAAAGUGAUCUUAUUUACACCGAAACCCUCAUGCAGCGAGGGAAGAUAAACUACGAAAACAAAGAAAUCGUAAUUCUAGGAGGUGGAGACGGUGCUUUACUUUAUGAACUUCUGAAAGAGAAACCUAAAUUUGUUACCAUGUUGGAAUUGGAUCCAGUAGUGCUACGAGCUUGCAAGGAGCAUUUAAGAGGCUGUUGUGGGGAUUGUCUUGACACAAUGAAAGGCGAAAACUAUGAAAUUAUUGUAGAUGAUUGUAUCUAUUCAUUGGACAAGAUGAUUGCAGAAGGGAAAAAAGUUGACUUCGUUUUCGGAGAUCUCACAGACAUUCCUGUAGCCACAUCGCCACAAGGGGAAGCGUGGGAUUUCAUCAAACUUAUUUUAAAUAUGUCUUUCAAAGUCUUGGCUCCCAAUGGAAAGUAUCUGACACAUGGUAAUGGUGCAUCAAGCCCAGAAUCUUUGAAAAUGUUCGAGACUGUUUUGAGUUCGCUAGAAAUUCCAGUAGAGUUCUCAACUGACCAUGCCUUCGUCCCAUCUUUCCUUGAAGAUUGGAUAUUCUACCAAAUAUGGGCCAAACCGCAGAGCAAAUAGUCCCUUGUUCAAAAGUAUUGUUCGGCUGAGAAUUUUUGCUCAUCGCAUUUUGGUUUGUGUUUGCUCCCUUUAUUGACCGUUUAAAAGGAGUGUUAUUGUUUGAACGUUAAGCGUUAUCUACCCCGAUAGUAUUUUCCUACUAUUUUUUCUCAGGUCCUAAAUAUCUAUACUCUCUCUUAGGUUAGUUACCUCUUGCUUGUAAGUAUCUGAAGCACAAUCGUCCUCUCUUAGCCUACUAAAUUUGUCGAAAAACUUGCCUUCUUUCCAAAUCUUACUUCCUUUAAAACUAAAAUUAAUCCGAGAAAAGAUACUGUCUGUCCAAAAAAAUAGUAAUAAUUUUAGGACAGUCUGAAUUUGGAAGAAAAUUUAAAAUUUUUGACCAAUAGUUAGACUUUUCUCUUUCAGAAGUCUCUCUCCUCUUGUGUAUACUUGCUCCUGCGUACAAAGCCAAAAUUACCACCGGUAAUUGCAAGACCUCUGAUUUCCACACUGCGGUAACUUUGAAUCAGUUAAUGAUAUUGGCAUUGUGUUGAUUUGGUUUUUGUGUUUUCCAUGUGUCACCCGUACUCUGUUUUACACGAUGGUGUUUAAGCAAACAGUCACUUCAGAUUUUAAAGUUACCAAUUUUUCCUGUCAAUGAUAUUGUAUGUGAAAAUUCACAAGAUUACUUUUUAAGUUUUUCUCUCAUUGUAUUGUUAGUUUUUUUCUUUGUUUGAAUUUUUGUCACUGUUCUUAGAGCAGUGUUAUGAUUAAGUCAUACCGUUGACAAAUUUCUAGUCGAUUUUUUUUCCUGGAGUCUUUUUCUGUCAAGCUGAUUCACAGCUGUUCUUGAGGCCAUGGCAAAAAGUGUUUUUUUUUUGUUUUUUUUUUUUUUAUUAGAAUCUUUCAAUCACAUUAGAUAGUGUAAACUGGAACAGUGUUUUUUAAGGAACAAGAAAUUUUAAUUUAAUACUUUUACAAGAACUGGAACAAAGUAAAAAAUUAGUAUGUAGUAACAGAAGCCAAUUCUGCGGAAUAUCGAUUUCCUCAAUUGGUAAAGUUCUUUGUUGAAAAAAACUCCAAUUGAUGUCAUUGCUAUCAUUGUAUAGGCAAUUUGAACCAAAACUUGACCAAAAUUGUUCCAUUCUAUUAGAUUUAAAACUUUUGACUGAAGAUCAAAUCCCAAUUCUUGAAAAAAAAAAAAAAAAAAAAACCCAAUCGCCAAAAAUCAAAAUCUUGAACUAAUCGAUUCAAAAUUGCCAUUCUUAGUGUUAACAAGAUCUGAGUAUCAGUUGUCUUAGUUUCGCCCAAUGGGGCCACUCAGUUCUCCUACAAUCAAUUUGAGUCUUAAAAUCCUCUAUUUCCCUCUCGACAAUUUUAAAAUUUGUUGAGUAACCAGAAUUUUUCAUUUCCUGAGUGGCAUCACGCCUUUCUGUUACUGUUGGAAUAUUUUAGUUUUGGUUUCUUGUAUUAUGCAGAGAGUUUGCCAUCGACAUAGCCCCGUCAAAUUAACAUAAUGUCAUAAUUGUGUUUAAUGUUUAAGGCAAACGGCUCUUUUUAUUAAAAGAAGCAGUUUUCAUGGAAGUAGUCAUGAUCAAGAAAAUGAAACUGUGGGGCAACAAAAAAAUUUUAACGCAAGGUUCAUCAUUUAAAACAAUUAAAGUUGAAUGAGAAUUUCCAUUAAUGUAGUAACUGAAACCUCUAUUCCUCAUUAUGCGAUAAAAAUAAUGUCACAGACGUAGUUUAGUAGCCCACAGUGAUGAAAAUUCAAGAUUAAUUUUCUCGUCAUGUAACUUACUCCUACAUGACUAGUUUCUUAUAGAACAGAACAUUAUUGAAAAAUUUGUUGGAGAUGCAGUAUUUUAUUUUUGGACAGUAAGAAAAGAUCCCUCUUUACUAUCACUUAGUAAGCAUCAAUAUUAAUAUUAAUAUUUUCCGCAGACUUUAUUCCAGAUUUUACUUUUUUGUCUUUCCUUUGCAAACUUUCCAAUCUUAGUGUAUUAAAGUAUGUAUUUAGUUUUCACCCACAA